UUUUCAUGGUGGGAAUCAGUCCCUUUCUCUUUGUCUCUCUUCAUAACUCUUUCUUUAGGUCUUCUUCUUACACUUCAUCUCUCUUCAUGGGCUAAGUAAAACCUAUAUGUAAAUUGGCUGAAGAGUAUGAACAAAGCCUAAACAUUUUCAGCUUCUUUGGGAUUCCAAAUUUUCCGAAAGCUGAAAGUUACCGAGUGUGGCCAAAACUCAGUGCAUUGUUUCAGUAGUGUUUCCGUAGAAAUGGGAAAAGGAAAAAAAGAGAUCAAGAAGAUUGAGAACUCAACGAGCUGGCAAGUGACCUUUUGCAAGAGGAGGAAAGGACUACUGAAGAAAGCCUAUGAACUUUCAAUUCUCUGUGAAGCUGAAAUUGGCCUCGUCGUCUUCUCCACCCGUGGCCGCCUCUAUGAGUAUUCCAACACCAAGCGUCUAAUGGGUGAUUCCUUAAGUACUUUAUCUGUGAAGGAGCUAAAACAGCUGGAGAAUAGACUUGAAAGAGGCCUUACAAAAAUCAUGUCGAAGAAGCAUGAAAUUUUGCUAGCCGAAAUUGAGUACUUUCAGAAAAGGAUUGCAGAAGUUGAGAGCUUUCAACAACCAAGCAACAUGGUGACUAGACCAGCAGACCUUAAUGCAAUUCAUGAAUUUGCUUCUGGGAACUUCUUAAGUCCAACUAUGAUUGAAAAUAAUGAAACUGGAUGCACUCACCGGAACUAGAAAAUUCUCCAUCUUGGGUAAAUUGUGGGAGAUGAUAAAAAAUCAAGCGCAUAUGUACAUCGCUGUGUAUUAUUGUGGUCAUUGUUUUGUUACUUCCAGUUACAGUUAUGUUUUAAAGACUAAUGCUUUUGUGAUAUAUAAAUUUCUAAAAACAAAUAAUUAAUUCUGAAAAAUGGAACACAAAUAUGAAAAAAAUAUAAAUUUCUAA